AUGAACCAAGCAGGACCGUCAGAAACUUCAGUUUUGAAAAGAAAUUCCAAAGAUGCUGCUUGGGAAUAUGGGAUGUUGUGUAACCCAAGUAAUCCAGAUAAGGUGAAGUGUAAACUAUGUGGGAAACAGUUUUCUGGUGGUGCAUUUAGGAUCAAAGAGCAUAUUGCCAGGAUUCCAGGAAAUGUUUCUGCUUGUCGACAAUCAACAAAAGAUGAUCAGGAAAAAUGCAGAAAAGCUAUUGAUGAAGCAAAGAAUAAAAAGAAGAACAAGAGGAGUUCAGAUGAUGACUUGCGAAAAUCUGUGAAGAUUUCUGAUGGUGGUGAUGAGGAUGAUGAUGUUGGUGCUGAACUUGAAGAGUUGAGGUCAGCAAAAAUUCCCCGUACUCUUGGUCCAAUGGAUAAAUUUGCAUCAGAUAUCAACCCACCACUUUCUUCCAUGGCAACCAGACAGCAAAAUAUCAGUGAUGCUCUUUCCAAAGAUAGAUUACAUAAAGUUCACCAAUACAUUGGCAGAUGGCUUUUUGCUUCUGGUGUCCCCUUUCAUGCUACUGCUAAUGAUGAGUUUAAGUUGAUGCUUGAAGCUGUGGGACAGUUUGGCCCUGGAGUUACACCACCAAGUCAAUAUUUGCUACGAGAGCCUUUACUGAAAGAAGAAGUUGAGAGAAUCAAGGGUUUAUUAAAGGGCCAGGAAGAAGAGAGGAAACAGAACGGGUGUUCAGUUUUAACAGAUGCUUGGUCUGAUAGAAAAAGAAGAAGUAUUAUGAACUUGUGUAUUAACUGCAGAGGAGGAACCAUGUUUCUUUCUUCCAAAGACUGUUCAGAUGAGGCUCAUACAGGUGAAUUUAUUCAUCAGUAUGUCAAAGAGUGCAUUGAGGAUGUUGGGAUAGAGAAUGUGGUUCAAGUAGUAACCGACAAUGCACCAAACAACAUGGCUGCUGCGAGGAUCCUGAAAGAGAAAAUGCCAAACAUUUUUUGGACAUCAUGUGCUGCCCACACUGUUAAUUUGAUGCUAGAGAGCAUCACAAAAAUCCAAAGUUUUAAGACCAUCAUCCAGAGGGCUAAAGGGUUCACAAUCUUUGUUUAUGCUCACCACAAGACUUUAGCCAUGAUGAGAAAGUUCACUGACAAUAAAGACAUUGUGAGACCAGGGGUUACUAGAUUUGCGUCAUGUUUUUUAACUUUGCAAAGCUUGAUGGAAAAGACCAACACUACAAGAAUUUACUUAAAUAGCUAA